AUGAGGAUGACGUUACCGGCGCCGGUAAUCUACACAUUAACCGGGGAGAAUCGUCCGAGUCACGUCGCUGACGGGUGCAGUCGUUCAUUCAUAAAAGCAUCACUCCAUCAGAAAUGCCCCCUAUGGAAUCACCUCUUCCUGCCAGCAGCCCCUCUUUCACUCCAAACACAACACGUCGACAACAUGAGUGGAAAGUAACCGACUCAGCUGUGCUGCUAUUAAAAGGACAGGAAUCACGAAGCGUUGCCCGUCCCGUCGGAGGAGCUCUGUGAAUGAGCUGCUGAGGAAAGAGGCUCCUCGGGAGGCGAGUGAGGAACCCAGAACACCUGCAGAGGCCUCAACAGCGAUCCUAAAUGGACGUCUCAUCCCAUCUCAUCUGCAUCAUCAGAAAAAUAACGUUCCAUCUAAGAAAACAUCCUGCAGGACAUGGACCCAGUUUGGACCACCACUGUUCUCCUGGUGCCUUGUGUAGUCCUGCUCACAGCGGGAUCUUUCUACCUCUACAGCUUCAUCAUGGGCCUGCUGUCCAAAAUGUCAGUGCGCAAUAAAGUGGUGGUUCUAACCGACGCCUUAUCCGGGCUCGGAAAAGAAUGCGCAGGUGUGUUUCACAGAGGAGGAGCACGGCUGAUCCUCUGCGGGAAGAACUGGGAGAAGCUCGAAGAACUCGCCGAUGAAUUGGCGAGCGCCUCGGACCCGACGGUGACGUUUCCCUCCAAACUGGUGCUGCUGGAUUUCGGGGACAUGGACAGCAUGCCUGAGGUGACCUCUGAGAUCCUGGAGUGUUACGGCUGCCUCGACGUCCUCAUCUUCAACAGCGGCAUGAAGGUCAAAGCUCCCGCCCAGAGUGUGUCUCUGGAGAUGGACAAGCUGCUGAUGGACAACAACUACUUUGGCCCGGCCACGCUGGCCAAAGGCCUGCUGCCCUCGAUGAUCUCCAGGAGGACCGGCCACCUGCUCCUGGUCAGCAGCAUCCAGGGAAGAAUCAGCGUGCCUUUCCGCACUGCGUACGCCGCCUCUAAACACGCAGUCCAGGCCUUCUUCGACUGCCUGAGAGCCGAGGUGGAGGAGUACGGCAUCUCCGUCAGCACCAUCAACACCACCUUCAUCAGUGGCUCGGCCUCCUCCUCCUCCUCGAGCACGGAGGCCUCCAGGUCCAUCUGGUCACUGUUGUACACAAAGAAACCUCUCGGCGUUUCCCCGGACGAGGCGGCGACGGAGAUCGUGAGGACUCUGAGCAGCAGGAGGAAAGAGGUGGUGGUGGCUCCCUCGCUGCCAAAGGCGGCGCUCUACGCCCGAUCCUUCUUCCCCGACCUGUUCUUUGCCGUCGUGGCUGCAGGAGUGAAGAGCGCCGCGGCCGCAGAGAACAUGUAGAGCGGCUUGUGGGCGGGAAGAGGCUGAAAUCACUGAGGAUAUGAAAUAUACGUGUCCUGUCUGUCGUCUAAAAUAUAAUCAAUAAGACGGUUGUCUGUGCUGUUUGCAAUAUAUUUAAGAUGUGAACUUCAACAGUUAAGUUGUAUGGCCAGUACGAUCUUAAACUUCCACAGAGUAUUUGUCCACCAGAAUUCAUCCAGAGGACAAUUCACAUACAACAGUAUUUCGUAUACUUUGCAUGUAAACAUAAAAUUGAGACAACAAUGGUCAUUAUAAAGAAAUUGUUGUAUUUGUUGCUUAACAAUCAAAAUAAAAAGUCAUGUAAAAGUUUUCUUCA